CCUACUUCCCCAAAUCCCAUCCAUACCUAUCCAACGCCAUACCAUAUAUAUAGCUUCUUCUUCUUCUUCUUCUUCCCAGCAGCAGCAGAGCAUGAUGAUGAUGAUGAUCAGUUGUUUCUUGUGUCUGCCGCUGGUGCUCUUCACCCUGCUGCAACUACCCACCACUGUCUCCUCCAAGCUCCACAUUCUGGAGAGCGCCAAGGCCGAAGGGGCAGUCUGCCUUGAUGGCUCCGCCCCCGCCUACGACUGGGAGGUAGCCAAAGACGACGCCAACAGGAGGAACUGGGUCGUCUACCUCCAAGGUUCCGGAUGGUGCUUGAACUCCACCAUCUAUCAAACCCCAGACAACACUAUUGAGAGCUGUCGUAGACGGGCUACCACUUACCUUGGCUCUUCCCGCUACAUGAAUGCCUCUGUUUUCCAGCAUUUCUUAAGCCCUCGCUCCAACGACACUUAUUUCUCCAAUUGGAAUCAAGUGAUCGUUAGGUACUGCGACGGGGCCUCCUUCUCCGGCGACGCCGACAAACCCGACCCCGUCACGAAGCUCUACUACAGAGGGGCUAGGAUCUUCCGCGCCGUCGUCAGGGACCUGAUGGCGAGAGGAAUGGAGGAUUCUAGCAACGUUCUUCUGGCCGGGGGGUCGUCCGGCGGGUUGGGCGUGAUGAUUCACUGUGACGGCUUCUGGCGCAUGUUCUCUGCCGGCGUUCGAGUGAAGUGUCUCGCCGACUCUUCCUUCUUCCUUCACGUGAAGGACCCCGUCCGUGCAGAGUUCUUCGACACCGUUUUCGGCACCAUGGUGGGGAUGAAACACCCCGGCAGCGCGUUACCCACCAGGUGCACUUCGAAAAACAGUGUGAAAACUUGUUUCUUCCCCCAGAACAUGCUGCGCUACAUCGAGUCGCCGCUGUUCAUUGUGAACCCGGCGUUCGAUUCCUUUCAGGUGAGACACACGUUUUCGGAGGAUUUGCACGACCGGAUCAAGUACCGUGAGGUCGUGACUCCAAGAGAAAUGGCGCUGCUCCGUGAUUUCAGGCGGCAAACGAUUGCGGCAUUGCCCCCGGAGAGUGCGAGGAAUGGAUACAUACUCACAUCCAUAUUCCAGCACAGCUUGGCUUCGGGCAUCGGGUAUAAGGGACCCAUGUUUGCCGACCCGAAAUCCAAGUCUUUCGAGAGCGCCUUUCUGGACUGGUACUUCGACCGGGCGCGGGUGCAUUUGGUCGACCCUGCGGACAAACCAUUUGUUCCUUAAUAAAGCCGGCGGCCAAUUAAUUAGUAUGCACUUCAUUGUUGUUAUUAUUAUUAGUGAAAUUUGCACUAAAUAGAACUAAAACAUAAUGACUUUCCUAAUGUAAUAUAUGGGGCAUGGUAGGCGUACUAUAUAAUUAAGUUUAUGUCCAUAUAAUUUUAAUGUUCUCUUUUCUAAAAAUAAAUAAAUAAAUAAAAUUAAUGUUCUAUGCAUAUAAAAAAGAAGAAAUAAUUUUUAAAAGAAAUAAUAGAGAUUAACUGUUUUG